GAACUUUGAACUUAACCAUUAUCUGCUGUUCCGUGUCAAUCUUAUUCCUAUCAGUUGUGGUGUUUUAGCCUGACGAGAGCCACCGAAAACGAGCUUGUUCGCUAACUUGUGUUUCAGAUGUAUUUUCAGCUGGCUCCCUCUGCUUUUGGUGAUACUGUGAUGUGUGUAGCUCAAUGAAUCAAUUCGUCAUUUUUUCACUGAUCCCUUUUGUAAAAUCUAAAAUGAUUUGCACUUGUUUGUGUCUGCUGUUCAACCAAAUUUGCCUCGUAUGCGAUACUCUGUCACGCUGAAUUCGGAUCAUCACAACCUGCUUGGACAAAACCGUUGCACUGUUGGACCUACUCUUUCAUCUGGUUCGAUGUCGAUGACAAACGCUCUUGUGCUCUUGUUAAAUUUGGCCCAUCUACAUCAGGUAAUGUUCGUCGGAUGCCCACCUGUCUUCUGCCGUUUAGAUGACAAGAAAUCCAAAAGGAAUUGCUCAAAUACUGUAGGUUUGGAAUUUUGGGGCCUCGGGAUUAGGCUUUCCGAUAGAGCCUUUUUUCAUUUACCCUGUUACAUUUUACAUAUUAUACGUUCUAUAGUCUGAGGCAUCUUCAAUAUUUUUGCCUCAUUACCUUUCUUCUAUUGCACCGGUGUGCCUUUUGCACUCGUCGCACUUCGAUAUCCUGCUCCUGAUGCAGUUAACUGAGCUUUCCUCCACCAUUCUUCGGUCAGCUCAAUUGUUCUUCCAUUCUUCAGGCUGCCCGUGGAUCUGAUGGUGCUCACGCACAUCUAGCGAACACCCGAAGCAGUGGCGACUCAGAUGUCGAUCCAUCCUUGUUUGUGGAGAAGUUCUACGUUCCACAGCGAUUGAUGGGUCUAGCAAUCGGUGGACAAGGCAGUAACAUUCGUGCAGCUCGUGAGCUUCCCGGUGUUGUAUCCGUUCGUCUGAGGGAAUCGGAUGAUGACCGUCGAACGGUAGAUCUCGUUGACCACGGAGAUGCCGCUUUGUUCAUUGUGGAGGCUAAGACUCCGGAAGCAGCGAAAUUGGCUCGUGCGAAACUGGAAUUCACUGAGUUGUAUCUGGGUGUUCCGCGUCGAUAUGUCGGGCGUUUGAUUGGUCGACGAACGAAUAAUAUCCAGUCAAUCAUCAACAAGUCCGGUGUCGUUCAAAUCCACUUUGACGACCACAUCAAAGGGCCAUCGGAUGAUGAGGUCAUUUCCAACCUAGAGACAUUAAAUUUGUCUCAUUCAAGCCAAUUCGCUUUUAACAUGCGCCGUGUCUUCCUACGAGCAGGUGGAACUCAACCAACUUCGCAACCACAUGCAGACGAAGAGUAUGGUGGUUUUAUUCUAUCCGGUACACGCGACUCCGUGGAGAAGGCUAAAUUAUUGAUCAGUUUUCAGCUGGACUACAUUUUCGACCUGGAAAAAAUGGAGGCCGAAAAGAACGCAAUUAUGAGCAACUUAUCGUACACCAAUACUGAAUUGGGCGGUGGUUAUGCUCCUCGAGGCUACCUGGAUGGUCCCGGACGUUUUGGCGAUCGAGGCGGCGCAGGCAUACGCGGUAUUGGUAGUGGAGGUGCAGGUGCAGGUCGUGGUAUCCGGCGCCCUCCACGUCGCAAUUAUCCUGCAGGAAAUUUUGACAACGGAUUUGUUGAUGGACCACGUCCUUCAGAACAAUACGCUGACGAUGGCCCUGCACCUUUUGGUAAUAGUAGAAGGCCGCCUAGGGAUCCUCGCAGCACCCGGGGUUACAAUGGCGAGUCACGUAUUGGUCGUGCGCGUGGAGGCAGAAUGCGCCGUGGCAUCGGUGCUCCACGCGGACACACUGAGUGGAAUGAUCGUACUGGUACCAAUGGUGACGUUGCUGAUCGUCGGCGAGGAUCGGACGACUCUGACGCCAUGGGCUCUAACCUAAGCCAUGAUAUUGAUUCGGAUGAGCAUGAUGGCAUUGCCUCUUACGGCCGAGACAAUCAGCCUAUCAAACGGGAUAUUGGCGAAACUACCGAUGAGGACAAUUUACCAGGUGGUGAUGAAUCCGCCGGCCACAACUCAAACGAUAACUCUCGUCUCAGGGACUCCGAUCGAUCUAACUGCAACAGAUAUGAAUACUCAAACCAAACCGAACGCCCGGUUAGAUACAACCGCCCUCCGAGAACUCGACAAACAUUGCAAAAUGGGAGUUCUGUGUCUGCAUCCAGCGGCAGUGCUCUGAAGCACACAGGAGCCACAAGUGUGAGACAACCCACGCAAGCCUAAGCGCACACAUUUUGUCCUGCCGUCUGAUUACUUCGGGAACAACUUCCUCCACUUCAAGUCACAUGCUGCACAACAUCGCUCGUAAUCUCACCCCCCCAAUCAGUCCACAUAACCCGUUUUAGCUGGGAUUGUUUUCGGUUGAAUGUGUGUGUUUGAAUCCUAUUUCCUGUUCGUUCCUCACCUCGAUCACAGUCUGUGUUUGCCCCCCCCCCUGUGCUCCUUUUUCCGUGGCCGUAACAUCUGGUCAAUGAGACUCCGUUACCGCGUUCGUACAUUUUCCAGCUCUACUUGUGUAACCGCCAAUUACUACGCCUUGUAAGCCCUGUGUUAGCCAUUGAUUUCGACUGGCGCGCCCGAGGUUGACUGUCCGCUAAGUCAUCCCUUCUCGUACUGUCAACAUCCACCUAUCUUUCGCUUUUUAUCUGUGUCUACCAUCCUCACAUUGGUUGGACACUUAGACUCUAUUAGUUGUGAUUGUGUACAUCACGCACCUAUUCUUUUUCUGCCGCUGUGUCCGUUCAUCCAUCGCCUACAAUGUAAAGUUCAACUUGUAUUUUCCAACUCGAAAGGACGUAAGAUUUUCUACUGUGCCUCUUAUGUCAGUUUGUCUGUGCGUUGGAGACAUGUAGUUCCCUCAGUGUAGUCCGGUUAACGCACUCUGUGCCUUUAAGCCCAGAAAGGUCUGGGGUCCAACAUUUACCUGUGCAAAUCACCAGCUAUUUUAAGUCUCCCUCGUGCACAAACCGUGUUCACGGUUGGUGACCGUUCCAUGACCCCGAUUUGUCUUCCAUCUGAUGAUCUUUCCUAUCAUUAAUACUAUUAUUACUACUUCUGCCAAUAAUAAUACUAUUAUCAUUCCCGUUUAUC